CUGGCCUGGCUCAGGCGCGCACACUCUCAGUAGCCACCCUGUCUCUCUCUCUCUCUCUCACACCUUCUCCAACCCAAGGAGGCCAGACACAGAGACUUGAUCACUCUGAAAGGUUCAACUAGAGAGACACAAUGCAGUGGGUCUCCCUCCUGCUGCUGGCAGGGCUCUGCUCGCUCUCCGGGGCUCAGUAUGAUGAAGACUCCCACUGGUGGUUCCAGUACCUGCGCAGCCAGCAGUCCACCUACUACGACCCCUAUGAACCCUACCCUUACGAACCCUCCGACCCCUACCCCUACCCCUACGGGGUGGAGGAAGGUCCAGCCUAUGCCUAUGGCUCUCCAUCCCCACCAGAGCCCCGUGACUGCCCCCAGGAAUGCGACUGUCCCCCCAACUUCCCCACGGCCAUGUACUGUGACAACCGCAACCUCAAGUACCUGCCCUUCGUGCCUUCCCGCAUGAAGUACGUCUACUUCCAGAACAAUCAGAUCUCCUCCAUCCAGGAAGGUGUCUUUGACAAUGCCACUGGCCUGCUCUGGAUUGCUCUCCAUGGCAACCAGAUCACCAGUGAUAAGGUGGGCAGGAGGGUGUUCUCCAAGCUGAAGCACCUGGAGAGGCUGUACCUGGAUCACAACAACCUGACCCGGAUGCCAGGUCCGCUGCCUCGAUCUCUGAGGGAGCUCCAUCUUGACCACAACCAGAUCUCACGGGUCCCCAACAACGCUCUGGAGGGACUGGAGAACCUCACGGCCUUGUACCUCCAACACAACGAGAUCCAGGAGGUGGGCAGUUCUAUGCGGGGUCUCCAGUCCCUGAUCUUGCUGGACCUGAGUUACAACCACCUCCGGAGGGUGCCCGAUGGACUGCCCUCAGCCCUUGAGCAGCUGUACCUGGAGCACAACAACGUCUUCACUGUCCCCGAUAGCUACUUCCGGGGAUCACCCAAGCUGCUCUAUGUGCGGCUAUCUCACAACAGUCUCACCAACAGUGGCCUGGCCACCAACACCUUCAAUUCCAGCAGCCUCCUUGAGCUCGACCUCUCCUACAACCAGCUGCAGAAGAUCCCCCCGGUCAACACCAACCUGGAGAACCUCUACCUCCAAGGCAACAGGAUCAACGAGUUCUCCAUCAGCAGCUUCUGCACCGUGGUGGACGUCAUGAACUUCUCCAAGCUGCAGGUGCUGCGCCUGGACGGCAACGAGAUCAAGCGCAGCGCGAUGCCCGUGGACGCACCGCUCUGCCUGCGCCUCGCCAGCCUCAUCGAGAUCUGAGUGGCCCUCGCGCUGGGCCCUGGGUGUACAGUCCCCACGUCCCCCACUGCAUUUGGCUUGAUGGUUUGGUUUGGCUUUUGCUGGAAGGUCUGGGACAAACAUGUGAC